UAAGAUAGCUGAAUCACUUAAAUAUAUUUUUUCCUUAAAGUUACUAGUAUAUUUGCUACACAAUAAUUUACAUAUUAACUGUAAUUAUAUUUCAUUUAAAAUGAUUGGAUUAUGCUCGUUAAUUUUGUUUAAUUUGUACACAGUCUUGUUAGCAGACGGUGCAGCGAAGUGCCCGGAUGUCGAAAAUAAGGAUGAAGUCACGUUUACAUUUAACACAAAGUGCUACCAAUAUGUCGAAUAUACAGACGAACAGAUAACAUACUUUAGCGCGCAGCAAGACUGUACACAGAGGGGAGGUCACCUAGUCACAAUAACAGAUAAUUCCACACAAGCCGAACUGGUCAACCGGCUCCAGUUUCUCUCUGACAGUCACACAGUUAUAAUUGGCUUGCGAAAAGAGGGAAAUGAGUGGAAGUGGAUAACAGGAAAAAGUUUAAGCUUUACAAAUUGGGAAAGUAGUUCUUAUUGCAAUGGGACAUGUGACUGCGCCAAAUUAAUGUUAUCUUCCGAGGGAAGAUGGGGAAGAUUUGAAUGUGGAGCAUCGGACUGGUUUACUGUUCAUGUUUGCGAAUAUGGUUCUACUGGCUGCAGACAAAUCAAAGAACUUCCACUUACUGCACUCUUCUUUGUAAUCGUUGCCAUGGUGACAAAGCCGUUUGUGGGGAAUUUAUCAUAAAGAUUAAACUAAAGCAGAAAAAGACAUUCUUAGUAUAUAGAAAGAAUCCGAUGUCUGGACAAUAACGAGACAGUGAUAUACAGUCAAACCUGCCAAUAACUACGAUGAUGAUGAAAAUAAUUGUUUUGUAUCUUUGGUCUGAUUUUGACAACGUGUACUUAUUUCGCCCCUUUAACUCCGGCACCGUUUCAAGGAAGUGAAGAACAAGAUUUCAUUUGAUUGAUCAAAUAUAUUAAUUGAACAAAUAAUUAUCCCUUCAGCAAGUAAAAAGACAAGUUUCCAGCUGUUUAUACAAUAAGAACAAUUUUAAAAGAAACAUUUUCAAAAUUAAAGAAGAAAAUACUGUCAUUCAAUAUGAAUGGCAGAAAAAAACAACAACAAAUUACUUGUGAAUCUUAAAAUUGAUAGCACAGUCACUCUUUUCCUAAUCUUACUAGAAAAUGUUGAAUAAUACCGCACAAGUACUUAUGUAUACAAACGUUAUAGAAUUAAAGUUUCUUCCUAGUGUUACGACAAUCCCCAUCGAGAAGACAAGUGUGCAAACUUUCAAGCAGCUAUUCAUGUUUCAUGAUGUUGGUUUAGCUGACCUGAUUACAUAAUCCUACCGUCUGCCCAUCGCGCACAAGUGCUUCGAACGAUAUCGCCUCCUAAAAUAGCGGACCAAUUCAUGAAUGUUCAUUCGGUGAUCCUCUACCAAGGUAUACAAAGAAUUCCAUUCCAUGCAGAAUUCUGGUUGCAAUAACAACCAAAAGAAAAAAAAACCUUAUAAUUAAUAAAUCUUCUUAUCAAAAACCUCAAAAUCAAGAGCUUACAUACUUGGCAUGUAGUAUUGUGUAGAAGUCCUGUACCAAAUUUGUUCAUAACAUGACCACGUGAUCAAAAUUGGCCCGGGGUACACUUGUUCUACAUAAACUUAUAAAGGAAAAACUUCAAAAAUCUUCUUGUCUAAAAUUUCAAGCUUCCGAGCUUAGAUACUUAGCAUGUAGUCUUUAUUAAGUUUGUUCGAAUGAUGUCCAUUCGGUCAAAAUUGGCCCCGCCCUUGGGUUCACUUAUUUUUCAUAGACUUAUACAGGUAAAUCUUUUAAAAAAUUCCUGUUUAUAACCGUAUUGCCCUGGAGCUAAUAGUUUGUCUGUAGCAUUGUGUAAUGGUCCUCCACCAAGUUAAUUCAAAUCAUGCAUCUUGGUUAAAAUUGACCCCACCCACGUUCAUUUGUUUUACAGCAGAAAAAAACAACACCAUUAAAUCUCUUCUGGCCUAGAGAUUUGGUUUAUAGCAUCGUCUGGUCCUCUACCAAGUUCGCUCAAAUCAUGUCCCUGGAGUCAAAAUUGGCUUCAUCUUGGAAGUCACUGGUGUUACAUAGACUUCAGAAAAACUUUAAAAAAUCUUCUUGUUUUUACCCAAAGGCAUAGAACUUAGAUAUUUGGCAUGUGGUAUUGUUUGGAGGUCCUGUCCCAAGUUUGUGGAAAUCAUUUACAAAUCCGAGUCAGUUGAGCGACACAUGGCCACAAUGGUCCUCUUGUUAUCAGGUGAACGAUACAUGGUCACUAUUACCCUCUUGUUUAAUUUGUUGCGGUCUUUGCAAUCUGAAAACUGGAUAAAACUGUAUCUAUACAAUGGUACACUAGUAACUUGAGUUCAAUGCAACUUACGUUCUUAUUCUAUCUUGUUUUGUUGUUGUCAAUUGCUCAGACCAUUUGGUCACUCUUGAUAAAAAAAUCCAACACUUAAGAUGACAGUAAACCUAUUCACGAUCGGAAAUGACAACAAACCGUCUAAGUGCCUUCACUUUAAACCUUAUUUAGUCAUGUCUGUAACAGUUUACUGAUGAACGAGUACGAUCAUCACAUAUAUAUUACUCAUAUGAUCAGCUUAUAUAUUUAAAAUAACAUACAAUACGGCUAUAUUGCCAUCAUUAUAUACAAUAAAAAGUACUUUCAACAAUAGUUUUUUGCUUUUGUAAUAAUUACGUCGAGUGCUGAAAAAUGAGAGAUAAAUUGACGCCAGGUUUGGGAUUCAAUGCAGCUAGACUGAUGGUCCUUGUCGCAGUAUUUGCCGAAUUUUCAAAAAUUGAUGCCACUGGAUGUCCCGAAGUAAAGAAUAAAGAGGACAAUUUGUUUAUAAUCAACUCGAUGUGUUACCAUUUUAUUGCAACACCAGACGUACAGGUAACUUUUGAUAGUGCCCAGCCUGACUGUGUGAGUAGAGGUGGUCAUUUAGUUACUAUUAAAGAUAACGAAACACAAGCAGAGUUGACAAGUGUUCUACAACAAAAAGCUGAGAGUCACACUAUACUGAUAGGAUUGCGAAGACAAGGAGAAUUAUGGAAAUGGGUCACAGGAGAACCUCUCGCUUACAAUAAUUGGAAAGAUGCGUCAACGUGCCGGAGCUGUGACUGUGCAAAACUGAAGCUGAGGGAAACUGGAGUGUGGGAAGGGUUUAGUUGCCAGGCAACGGACUGGUUUACUGCUUAUGUCUGCGAAUACGAACCAACCAGUUCAUCAGCUAAAAGUAUGCAUCCGGUUAAAUGGCCGUUCCUUUCAGUAUUGUCAACGAUUACAGCUGUAAUGAUUGUAAUGCUGUGUCACCGAUUGUGAGGUAGGUCUUAUCUCUGGACUUCAGGACAGUUCUAAAGUCUUUCCCAGAGUGAUGAUGAAGAAAAAACUAUCAUGAAAGAAAUCGCUUUAAGUGUUAAUUACAUCUAGAUUUCCGACAGUGUCAUAAUAGCUUUAUUAGGAAUAUUACAUUUUUCUUCUUUUUUUGUGAUCAUGGUAUAGGAAACAACUAACUGCUCCGGUACUCUCAAAAUGACAAAAAUAAUUAUUUACCUAUUUGUGUCCCUUAUAUAUAUAUAUAUAUAUACAUAUAUAUAUAUAUAUAUAUA